AUAAUUUGAAACUAUUUAUAUAUGUUAAACUAUAUACUUAUACAUAAAAUUGGAUUUAAAAUAUAUUUAUGUUCAGUUUUUUUCAAAAAUAAUGUAUAUAUAUAUAUUAAUCUCAUACUUAUAUUUCUUGUAAAAAGUAUAUAUCCGUAUAUAUCCCCGUUUAGGCGUCCGACUAUACGGCUAGACGCUAUACAGUCAUCUAACGCGUAAUGAACACACGUUUUAGAAUACUACGUGUGGGAGAAGGAAGACUCUGAAUAGGUUGUAGUACAAGUGAAACACAUCUAGUAAGUUAUGAUAUAAGAUAAGCAAGACUUUCCACAAGGCUACCGCAAGUUAAGAUCACACCUAUAUUUUAUAGUUAUUCAACAUACAUCGUAACCUUACGGGCAGGGAUAGAUAGUAUCAUUGACGUGUGGGAGAAGGAAGACUCUGAAUAGGUUGUAGUACAAGUGAAACACAUCUAGUAAGUUAUGAUAUAAGAUAAGAAAGACAUUCCACAAGGCUACCGCAAGUUAAGAUAUGCGGAGAAAGUUCCUUUUUCAAACUAAGAUAUGCAAAAACAUUAAAUAGGCAAGUCUGGGAAAUUCAGUACAAAAACGAACAAGACUUUGGAAAACAUAUUCCUCACAAAUGCUUCUUAGAGAGAUUGCAAGAGAUGCGCUUAACGAGCACUUGUAGCGACUCUGAGUUUUCUUUGACCAAACUUCAAUUCCCGCGGACUAGAUCUUGAUUGUGCGAAGCGGAGAUAUCUCCGAUCAUAAGUCCUCAUAACACGCCAGGUCCAUAGGCUAUUCCAGAUGCUAUCUAGUUAAACAUUUGUUAUCUACCUCGGACAAUUCCUCGGGUUGUUGUGAUGUAGGAUUCGGGACAUGACUUACUCCACAUAUAUUUUCAAGUCCGUAGAGUGUAGUGUCGUCCAAGAAUGAUGAAAAUUUCUACCUUUUAAACUAUGUGCCUCAUGGGUCAAGUGAGGAUUAGCUAAGUUACUUAUGUUUUGGAAUUUGGAACAUUGCUGAUGAACAUUAUUUAUCAAGUGAGGAUUAGCUAACUUGCUUGGGAUCAUGGUUUUAUGUUUUCAUAUCAUUGUAGUUUAUGUUUAUAUGCAAUUUAUGUUUAACUGAGAAAAAAAAAUUUACUGUGUUAUUUAAGAUAAUAUAACUCCUUGAUUAUGUUAUACAUAAUUAUUGUAUUCUAAUAAAGUUUUUAAGAUUUUAUUUAUAAUCAUUAGUAUUAUUGUUAUUAUGAAUAUACAGGAUGAUAUCAACUACGUAUAAUUAAUUAAUACAAUUAAAUCUCUUUGAAAUGUAAUUUAACAUAUUUAAAAUAUUACUGAGAUAUUCUUUGAUAAAGACAAAUAAUAAUAUAUAGAAAUUGUUUUUUCCUUAAUUAACUGACAACCAACUCCAAUUCUUUUAUCCAUUAACAUAUUAAAAAUGUAAGUUACAAAGGUUGAUAUUAUAAUGUGUGAUAAUUUAAUAGAUACCUCACCGAUAAAGUUAACAAAUCUGAACUAGUUGUUAAAUUUAACUUUUACUAAACUACUAUUAUUUUAUCAGUUCCCUAUUAGAGUACUAUCAUAAUACCAAAAUCAAUAACAAUAUAUAGCUUUAUAUGAUCAUAUGUUUAUAUGAUUCACUCUCCAAGAAGAGUUCGUAGGAACCCAAGUCGGGAUGUGACUUAGCAAGUAUUUGCGUCAACUUGUCGGUUAGCUUUUCCAAGUCUUCGUCAACUAAUUGGACCACAUAAACCCUAAACUCAAUUCAAUAUUCACGCUUCCUUCUUCCCUUAGACCAUGCACAAUGGUGAGACUCAUUGGAGUCCUUAGCACAAAGGUAUUUCGGAUUAAUUUUAAAUAUUUUGGAUUUUUUAAAAAAAAGAAAAGAAAAAAAGUGACCAUUUACGGGCCGCCACGUAGUCAAUGGGACCCGUGAACAGUGUAAGGAUCAAUCCUUACCAAAGGAUUUUAAGGAUUCUUUUUGACACAAACUCUAAAAAAAAUGGAUUCCAUACCCUCUAAAGAUUCCCUUAAGAGCUCACAUUGUGGAUGCCCUUAGUCUCAUGCAAACCUUUUAUCUUUACUGGAGAAUGUAUAUUUCAUAUUAUUGACAUGACAUUUAAUAAUGCGUCUGCCAGCUUAAAUCAUGGUAAAUCUUAUACAUUAUACACAUAACGGCAAUAACCAUUGCAUUAAUUCACGUAAUCUCAUAAGGGCAAUGACAUCGAUCGCGCAGAUUAAGGAUGGACAUACCCAUCCAGAACUGAUCUUCGGAUCAGGGUCCCAGACCCAAUUGAACCCGGUUUAAAUAUUCAAAGGGUUCUAAAUUGUUAUAUCCAAAAAUUGAUACCGUAUUCAACCCACACCAAAAACCGAAUGAACAUAUGCAAACAUAUAAAUUAGUACAUAAAAAUAUUAGUUAUAUUCAUACUUAUAAUAAUACUAGUACCUGAAAUCAUAAAUCUAAUAUAUUAGUCAUUUAAAAUAUUUAUAGAUAAAAUUGGAUAGUUUAGAAACAAAUACCGAAAUCAAAUCGUAUUCAUGGUAACUAAACAUCAAACUGAAUACAAAUUAAACAUGUGAUGAUAAAAUUUCUCAAGAAGUAAUGUUUUACAACAUAUUUUUUAUUUCAUAGAUGAAGUAAAAAUUCAGUCUUUUUCUUGAUUUUUGAACUUCAUGAAAAUGUGUUAAGGUAAAAACAUAAUUAAAUAAAAUAUAUGGAUUGGAGAAGUCAUUUUUUCUCCAAAAUGCCGUAUGUACUGCUUCCAUCAGCGCCGUAUCAAAUCCCUCUCUUAUCUCUGAUCUCUCUCUCCAUUGUUGUAUAUAUAUAUGUGAACGUUCAUAUCAUGGAUUGGCACCUCAAAACUCAAAGUAAUCAACUUCAAAAUGACUUCUCUUUUCUUCUUAGUUUUCCUUUUCUCAUCUCUUCUCACUCCAAAUGUUGAUGCCAGUCCAAUUUACAUAGAAGCUCUCUCCAAGUCAUUGCUCUUCUUCCACGGUCAGCGGUCCGGUCCCCUCCCAACAGACCAACAAUUCUCGUGGAGGGCUAGCUCCGGCCUUUCAGAUGGCUCCUCCGCCAAUGUGGACUUAGUUGGUGGGUACUACACCGAAGGAGACAACGUCAAACACAAUUUCCCAAUGGCGUUUACCACCACAAUGCUUUCAUGGAGCACGCUUGAGUACGGUGAGCAGAUGGGUACUGAGCUCCAAAAUGCUCUUGUUAACAUCCGUUGGGCCACGGAUUAUCUGCUGAAAUGUGCUACAGCCACUCCCGAGAAGCUUUACGUCGGGGUAGGAGAUCCUAAUGCUGAUCACAAAUGCUGGGAACGGCCUGAAGAUAUGGACACACCUCGUACAGUCUAUUCUGUAUCCCCUUCUAACCCCGGUUCUGACGUAGCAGCUGAAACUGCAGCAGCUCUGGCCGCAGCUUCUAUGGUUUUCAAGGAAGUUGAUUCUGCUUACUCGCUUUUGCUGCUGGCAACAGCUAAGAAUGUGAUGCAGUUUGCCAUUAAGUACAGAGGAAGUUAUAGUGAUUCCCUUUCUUCAUCUGUCUGUCCUUUCUACUGCUCCUACUCUGGUUACAAGGACGAGCUAAUGUGGGGUGCGGCCUGGCUGCUGAAAGCAACCGAUGACUCGUAUUACAAAAACUUUAUACAAUCUUUAGGAGGUGGAGAUCAGCCUGACAUCUUCAACUGGGACAACAAAUAUGCUGGCGCUUAUGUUCUUCUUUCACAGCGAGCAUUAGUUAACAACGACAACACCUUUGAACAAUACAAGCUAGAAGCUGAGAGUUUCAUAUGCAAGAUCCUCCCAAACACUCCCUCUUCUUCUACCAGUUACACUCCAGGAGGCUUGAUGUACAACUACAAGUUACCUCAGAGCAACCUACAACACGUAACGGCCAUAACAUUCUUGCUCACAACCUACGCCAAGUACAUGAAAGCCACACAACACACGUUCAACUGCGGAAACUCCGUUACCAUUGUCCCCGACACCUUGAUAAGCUUAUCGAAGCAAGAAGUGGAUUAUAUACUCGGCGAGAAUCCGGCCAAGAUGUCGUAUAUGGUUGGAUACGGAACUAGUUUUCCCAUGAGAAUCCACCACAGAGGAUCAUCUAUUCCUUCACAACCACACUUCAGCUGCGCAGAUGGACUCCAAUUUUUAAAUACUUCAAACCCUAACCCUAACAUUCUCACGGGAGCAAUCGUAGGAGGUCCAAAUGAGAAGGAUGCGUAUGCAGAUAACAGAGAAGAUUUCAUUCAAUCGGAGCCUACUACUUACAUCAACGCCCCCUUCGUCGGACCUUUGGCGUACUUCGCCUCCGGUGGAUCGGCUUGAAACCGUCGGCCGAAGCCGAACGUGACAAUAUCCAAUUGAACAAGUAAUUUAAAUGUGUAACUUUUUAAUAGGCUAAGGUCCAAUUUUAUUGGACCUGGUAUAAAUAUGAUAAUCGUGUUCGUACGAGACUUCAUUUAAUAAACCAAUCUUCCGGUUGAGACUAGAAACCA